AUCCAUCACAUACCAAUAUUCAAACACAAACUAAUUAACCAAAAGCAUACAAAACAAUGAAGAGCACAAUGCUGCUAGCAUUUGCCCUUGUCUUAGCCUUGAGUUCACAACCACUGCUAGGAGGAGCUGAAGCCUCACCCGAGCAAGUGGUUGACACAUUAGGCAAGAAGCUCCGAGUUGGAACCAAUUACUAUAUUGUCCCAUCUCUUCCCUACACCAAAAUUAGAACCACUAGAGGCCUUGGCCUAGCCAGUGUUGGAAAACCUUAUUGUCCUCUUGAUGUUGUGGUUGUGAAUGGAUACCAUGGCUUGCCAGUGACAUUCUCACCAGUUAAUCCUAAGAAAGGGGUCAUUCGUGUCUCAACUGAUUUGAACAUCAAGUUCUCUGCUCGCACUAGUUGUCCCCGCCAAUAUUCCACGGUUUGGAAACUUGAUGAUUUUGAUUUCUCAAAGAGACAAUGGUUUGUGACCACUGGUGGUGUUGUGGGAAACCCUAGCUUGGAAACCAUCCACAACUGGUUCAAGAUUGAGAAGUACGAUGGUGCUUACAAAUUGGUCUAUUGUCCCAGCGUGGUGAAAUGUCCAAAGCAUUUGUGCAAGAAUGUUGGGUUGUUUGUGGAUGAGAAAGGGAACAAGCGUCUUGCUCUCACUGAUGUUCCCCUCAAAGUUCAAUUCCAACAAGCCUAAACAAGCUUAAUGCUCCUCUAAGUCUAACAUUAAUGCAUAAAAACUAUAUAUGAAUAAGUGUAUUUCCUUUCUAAUAACGAUGCAUGUUCUUUCAAUGUUUAUCAGGAUCCUCAUGUAAGGUUUUCCUUGGUAAAUGCAAAAUAAAUAAAAUGAACAAAUGAUAUAUUUCUCCUA